CCCUGGCUGAGGCGGAACUAGAGGUAGCGUCGGAAGUGACGUGCGGGAGUCGGCCGGUAGAAGUUUCAGUCGUCGCGCGUACCUAGGCGGCUGGACGUUGGGAGUUGUUUUGGCGCCUGGGCUCCGCCCCUUGUUCAGACCCUACUCUCCAUCCCCUUGGGAGUCUGGGCCUACGCUGUGGAAACGAUCCCCCGGAAGAAGCUGGGCACCCCCGGGCGGCCGGAAUUGAGUGUCUCUCCUCUCUUCUACUCCCUCACCGCCCCCCGCGAGGCGCCGGCGAACUCCUCCGCAUCCUUGGGGGGGAGGGGGUACGCAGGAGCCCCCGCCUCUCUAUGGGCCGGCUCCGCGACCCCUCUGCCUAAGGGAAGAGGCUCCCCGGCCGGGCUGAGCGGGUGAUGUCCGCCCCCUCGGAAGCCGGCGCUGCCGCUGCCGCUGCCUCACUGCGAUUGGUUGCGGCUGCUUCCUGGUGGGUGGUGCGGAGGCGUCUCUCGGUCCACUAUCCCCGAGUUCUGGAGCUGCUGGAAGCGCUGAGGACCGCCGCACCCGGGCUGGUCCGCUCCCGACAUCACGCGAGGCUCUGCUUGGGGCUACGGGCCAAGGUGAUCGUGGAGAUGAUCUUGGAAGGCCAAUCCUGGUCCCUGGUCCUGGAUGCCCUAAACUAUCAUUUCCCAGAGGCUGGCCCACGCGAGUACGGUUCCAAGGCGACUGUAAGGGAUCUGAAGAUUGUGGAGGCACACGAGGGCUUUUGCCAACGAGUAAAACAGCUGGCAGAGGAUCCUGAAGAUUUUGCCAUUCAGCUGCAGGAACUAGAACAAGAAUAUGGGGAACCCUUCUUAGUUGCCCUGGAGAAGUUGUUAUUUGAAUACCUUUGCCAAUUAGAAAAGACACUACCUGUGCUACAGUUGCAAGAGCUUAAGGAAGUAUUAGGAGGGAUGCAAUCUGAAACCUUGGUUCCCCUUCCCCUUGCCCUGACUCAGUAUUGCAUGGACAUGGGGUGGCUACUUCAAGAGUCCCCUCUUUUUACUGCAGUGAGUGGGGCAGAACCCCAGGAGCAGAGUCUUCUACCUUCUCCCCAACUGGAGCAAGUUUUCCAGGAUCCUGUUCCUGUAAUCAAAUCCAGCACUCCCUCUCCCCAAGGACAGGAUUUGAGGAAACCCCCAGAGAUUCUCACUGGUCGGGACUUCAACCUGGCACCUCUAGGCCGCCGGCAAAUCCAGGCUAAUUAUGCAUCUGCCAGGGGAGGUCAUAAGAACCGGCCCACUGUCAUGCUCUUCCCAUUCCGGAAUAUGUGCCUUCCAGUCCAAGAUGUUAUAAAGCAUGGGAACAAUAAAGAACGUGAGCAGCUUGUGGCAGAUACAGCAGGCACUAUGGGCACAAGAUCAGUCCCUCAUGGGAAGCACAGAAAUUCAGCUCGUUCCCUCCGAGGGAGGGUUCAGGAACAGAACUGGACUUCUGAUGAGCCCUCCUCAGAGCAAAAGGAGAACUGCCUGGAUCACUCCCUGGAGCCCUUGAGGUUGCCAUUACCUGCUGUUGGGGCCAGGGAGCCAGUGUCUUCCCCAUCUCUGUGCAGCCCUGUGGCUACCAUAGGGGACUUGGUUCUGGACUCUGAUGAUGAAGGGAAUGGCCAGAGGGGAGGGAAGCCAGUGAUUAAAUUUUGAAUCUUCCGAAAUGUUGUCUUGGCUAUGAGGAUCCCAUCUGCUGGCAUCUACUCUGAUCCUGCUUCAAUGCUGAUAGGGAGUUAAUAUUGUAAUGAGCAAUUGAUGCAAUGUGACAGGCAGUGGAUAUGCAGGCAGGACCAAGAGACUGUCCUUCCUCCUUUGAGCCUGGCAGGGACUCCAGGAAUACCAUAUGAGUUUAUCCUGUCACAGGGCCCCAAAAGAUGAACAGUGAAGAUGCUGGGCUCUUGAAUUUGCAGGCAUCAACUAGAAUGGCUGAGGUAAGGUACUUGAUAUGAGAGUCUAGGUGCCUUGCUGUUUUAUAAGGCCAAUAGUGCUAAAUUAGCAUAUUUCCCUAUAUUCUUUGUAUCUAGUGAACGGCAGCAUUUUAGUAACUGGCUGUCCAAGGAAGUUGCCUUAUAUCCUUAAGGUACUAUCUGACAACAUGGUCAUGGUACUAGAGCUAGCAGAUAAUUGAUUCCUCCUCCAUAACCACUGAAAUGAAGAGGGGCAGGCUUUUUUUGUAUGCAAUCAUAACUAUUUUAUUAAAUAUGUAUGUAUAUUCAUGUUCAAGGACAACAAUGAAUCUUCAAGUCAAAUCCCUUGUUCCUUAGUUCAAAACCUUGAAAUAUCACAAAUUCUUGGGAAAAAAAAGGCUUCCAAUAGUUGUGGUCUAUGACUGUAUUUGUAACAUGUAAGGAAAGAAAGUUGGCAAAGUUAACAUAAUGUUAAGGCAUAUUUGAAGAAAUCAUGCACUAGCUUGCAUCAGCAAAACCCUUUAUUUAGCUAAACAUCUUUAGACAAGAGCUAAAAGCUAGUAAUGUAGUUUACUUUUUCAGCAACAUAAUCCAAACAAUAUGCUGACAGACCAAAAAAUCGGGGUUCAGGAAAUGAAGAUUCCCUUUAAUCUAAUGCAGCAUUCUGUCAAGAUUUCCUAAACACAAAGAGGUUUAUUUACAGCACAGCUUUUAAAACAUGUCCAAUCCUUAUGUUACAAUUAUGAGAUUUGUAAGUAGCACACUUUUUAUCUGCUUAUCUAUUCCUUAUAUACGAACUCAACAAUACAGACAGAUCAUUAGUACUGAAAUCAUGCUUAUCACAAAUGAGCUAUGCUAGAGAAGCGUAUCUGGAAAAUGGACAAUAGCACAAUUUUCACACAUGAACUGAAUGGCAAGCUAAAGUUUAGAGACCAGAGGCAAGGAGGAACUCCUAAUGAGCAAACUCCUUUCAUCAAUGCAGAUAGGCAGAUACCCACUACUUGGGGUGGGGUAGAUAAGUAGGAACAAAUUGAAUUCGGAGAUUUGCCAAGAGUUACAAAGCUAUCAAGCCCACAUCUUUCAGACUCUUGACUCGGAGACCACUCUCCUAGAGGACAUAUUUAGCAUAAAAUAACACAGCAAAGCUAUGUUUUUUCAAGAAGUGACAGUAGUCAGGCCAGAGAGGAUUACAGCAAUUAAAAAAAAAAAAAAACAUGCCAACAGACAAAUCCAUUGA